AUGCUGUGGCUACCGCUUCUUUUGGCUGCUACAUUUUUUUCUGUAUCGAGUCUUGAUAUUCUUGGCUUCAUUAAAGGUGAGCGCCACGGUUGUACUAAGGGAUAUAGACCGUUGUUCGACCCGUAUUCGUUUCCUGGAAAUGCUCUCCCAACAACCUGGUGGAAUAUAGGCUUUAGGUGGACCUGGCUUUAUCGGCGUACCGCACACUUCGAGCAUUCUUAUGAUUUGACUACGAUUAUACCUGUUUUCGGGAAUCCGUAUUAUGUGGGAGCUUCUGCCGAUAUUGCCAAGCAGGUCUGGGGCAACGAAUUGAAGACGAAUCUGGCGAAGCCACAAGACUUCACGACCGAAAGAAUAUUUGGAGGUAGCAUCGCUUCAGCUCACGGUACCGACUGGAGGAGGCAUCGUCGAGCUGUGGCACCUUCGUUCAACACUGCAAUGUACUCCACUGUCAUCAAGGAAUCAGGAGUGGUGUAUCGCGAUAUGGAUACUCCACAGAUUCACGUUAGUUAUGAUCUAUCGUUUGGAAUGCCGGUAGAAUGGACACGAGGAAACGACCACUCCGAGCUUACUACUUUUGAUCGUGAAUUUUCUGUUGCUGCUCGAACAAUUAUCUACCGCCUUAUACUUCCCGACUGGGUGUGGAAAUUGCCUAUCCAAAGCCUUCGUGCUAUCAUGAAGUCAUGGAAAAAUGUACUAUCUCUCAUGACUAGCAUCGCCGCUAGAAGAAAGGCAGAAUUUUCAGCUGAAAAAGAUUUCAGUGACGGUAAUAUACCGGACCUGUUGACGAAGCUGGUUACUGCAACUGAUGGCACGAACAAAUACGCGCUGGGACCUGUGGAGGUGACGGCAAAUAUGAUGUCCCUUCUUUUCGCCGGAAACGAAGUGUCUCUUCACCCUGAUGAGCAGGAGAAGGCGUACCAAGAAAUCCUACGCGAAGCCCCGUCCAAGGAAGGCCUUAGCUUUGGUAUUGUUUCUGAUCUCAAGCAUCUCUUCGCGUGCUUCAAUGAAGCCCAUCGACUCGUCCCCGUUACAAUAAACUUGCCUCGGGUUACUACGGAGGAUACACCUAUCCACACCUCUCGCCCAGUGGAAAGGGAUCAUAUCCUUCCGAAAGGAUCUCGUGUUGUAAUUGACAUUGUGUUCGUCUGUAAGUUUUCUUGUGUCAAUCUCAAUACGAAGAUCCCUUCGAGGUGGUACGAUGUAGCAGAGCAUGACUUUCUCAUGUUCGGCUUUGGGCCUAGAGCAUGUGUAUGCAGGAAAUUUGCUCAGACUGAGGCCGUCUGUUUUCUUGCACAUUUCUUGAGGGACUGGAAGACGGAAGUCGUCCUAGAAGCUGGAGAGACGGCGGCACAAGCAUGGGAUAGGAUUGCUUCAGGUGCUACUCUACGUGGAACCGCGUUUUCGCUGGGGUCUGUGCCGUUCAAAUUGGUCGCAAGAGACUCCGAGUCGAGUUAG